CUUCGGUCGCUUGUCGCUGGCAGUUGAUCGUCUGCAUUGCGUGCCGUUGCCCAAUCGCUGAUAAAUACUAUCGAAGUCGCAGCGUUAUCGCAUUUUUUGGGCUGUAAAUCGAGUGUCUACUAGAAAACCUUGCCAUCGCCAUGUCGCUGCUGGUUGUGCUGUUGAUUUUGUACAUCAUCUGGGAUGUUAACUAUUUUAUACGCUGCGUUUGUACGGUGCUCGCCGGCCGGCUGUUCCAGGGCAAGCGCAAGGUGACAGAUGCGACAACGAUUUAUGGCCUGUGCACCACACAGGAUGUGGACAUCUUCUUGCGGCACAUGAACAAUGCGCGCUAUUUGCGCGAACUGGACUUUGCCCGCUUCCAUUUCUAUGGUCUGACCAAUCUCUAUGAGCUGGUGCGUCAGCGCGGCGGCGGCGCCGUCCAGGGCGCCAGCAGUGUACGGUAUCGCCGCACCAUACCCAUAUUCCAUCCGUACAAGAUCACCACAAAGCUGGUCUGGUGGGACGAUAAGGCCAUCUAUUUGGAGCAACAGUUUAUCACACUGGCCGAUGGCUUUGUGCGCGCCGUUGCCCUCUCCAAGCAGUGCAUCACCAAUUGCAAUGUCAGCGAUGUGCUCAAGACGUAUCCGGAGGCGGCCAAGCGGCCGGAGAUGCCCGACGAUUUGAAGCUCUGGCUGGAGGCCAUCGAGGUAUCCAGCCAAAAGUUGCGCAAAGACAAAUGAGUUCCAGAAAAUGACUCGUUAGCUUCUCUGCUCAAGCGCAACUCGCUCUCACCCACUCUCCCUCUCUCUAUCGCUCUCUCUCUCAUUCUCGCUUCUUUCAUCAUUACUUUAGUUUCUUUGCUUUCAUUUUUCUUUGACUAUAUU